AUGGCAGACGCGGCAGAGCUGGACUUCAAGGUGGGUGCCAAAGGCAAGAAGCAGUUGGUGGACAACAAGCUCGACACGAUGUUUCGUGGCGGCAAGGUGGACAACUACUUCAAGGUCUCUCAACGUGGGUCAAACCUCACCACAGAGAUCCGCGCUGGCAUCACCACCUUCUUGACGGCUGCUUACAUCAUGGCUGUGAACCCGAACAUUCUGAGCACCACGGGGCUGAAGUUCGAAGGCCUGGUCUUUGCGACAGCUGGGCAGUUGCGAGUGAGCACGGCGGUCGAGGCUAAGCUAUGUUUGCAGGCUUGCAUGAAAGGGCGAGAGAAUACUGAGCUGAAUGCUCGGCUAGCUGGGCGGGAGGGCCAACCGAGGACCUUGAUCAUGGCCCUGUGGGCUAACCUGCCUUUCGGCUUGUGGCCCGGCAUGGGCAUGAACGCCUACUUUGCAUACACCAUCGUGGGCUUCAAGGGUGGGCAGAACUCUGUGAAGAAGGUGAUGUUUGCCGUGACCAUCGAAGGUGUGAUCUUCAUUCUGAUGUCCCUCUUCGAUCUUCGAAGAUAUGUCUUCAAGGUGUUCCCCACCUGGAUGAUGAAAGCGACGAUGGCUGGCAUCGGCUUGUUCUUGGCCUUCAUCGGCUUGCAGGCGGGCAACGGCAUCGACAUCGUGCGGGAUCAUCCGGCUGUGCUGGUGGACCUCGUGACGCUGACCGGAGAGCACUUCCUGCGCACGUGGAUCGGCAUCGCUUUCUUCUGCCUCAUGAGCCUGUUGAUCCUCCUGCGCGUGCGAGCGGCCGUGAUGAUCGUGAUCCUGCUUAGCGCCAUCCUGUCGUGGAUCUUGAACGCGGCUGCCGUGGAGCAGUUCACCUACAAGCCCAUGUGCUGCUUGGGCAGCGUGUCCUACACAGAGCCGUCGGCCGGGGGCGUUGAGUGGUAUCCGAAGCCCGGCGGCGGAUUUUACCCGAAGCCCACGUGCGAGAACCCGUACACUGUGCCAGGACAGGGAAAGAUGGAUGAGACGGACUCGGGCGUGAGCUUCAGUUGGGAUUCCACGGCCUCCGUGGCGCUUUCGAACGGUGUCUACACCAUCACCAAUGCUGGCUCCUCGGUGAACCACACUGGCAGCCUCUACUUCGAGGGCAUCGCAGCUGGCCGCGACUCCUCCUUCAAUGGCGGCUGCACCGACACCUGCCAUGCCAUGAUGGGUGGCUUCAAUCCUGCCUGCUUCGGCACGGUGCUGGUCGAGACAGGCUGCUGGACUUCCAUGUCCUACCAGAGCCGAGCCACACAAUCGCUUGUCCUUGACGAGUUCGGCGAGGGCUGCAUCGGUGGGGCUGGCCGUAUCCCGAAGACUUUCAGCGCCCCCUCCGCCAUCGCCUCCGUUCCGCUCAUCGAGAUGGCCGGAGACCUGGUGGCUCCUUUCGACGGCUGGUACGGCUGCGAUGCGAACGGCGACUGCUUCGCCGGCGACGUGUCGGGUGGCACGAUCCUCGCUUGGGACACGUCGGGCUUCAGCGACUGGCAAGGCUUCUGGAACCCGCUGCUCACCCUGCUGUACAUCGACUUCAUCGGUACGAUGGGCUUCCUCUACGCAGCCGCGGACCUGAGUGGCUUGGUCGACCCGAAGAAGCCGGAGACCUUCCCAGGAUGCUAUGCGGCCUUCAUGGCCGAUGCCGUCGGCACCUUCGUGGGAGGCUUCUUGGGAACCAGCUCCGUGACCACCUACGGCGAGUCCAUGGCCGGAGUCUACGAAGGUGGCCGAACAGGGCUCACGGCUCUGGUCAUCGCUUUCAUGAACUUCAUCUGCAUCUUCCUUACCCCGCUCCUGUCCUCGGUUCCCACCCUCUCCACCGGCCCCGCACUGGUGAUGGUGGGCGUCUUCAUGAUUGAGGGCGUGAAGGACAUCGACUGGACCGACUACAUGCAGGCCAUCCCCUCCACUAUCUGCAUUCUGCUGCAGAUCACCACGUACAAGAUCGAGGUCGGCGUGCUGGGUGCCCUGAUGGUCUGGGCCUUCCUGAUGAUCUUCUCCGGCCGUGUCUUCUUGUACAACGACAAGGUUUGGAACUCCAUGCCGGGAUGGUUCCAGAACUUCGUGGCCAACCAGAACGGCGACGAGGAGUUCCGCAAUCGCCUGAGGGAGGUCGGCAAGCUGCCGCCGGCUGACGAGAAGAUGCCGGCAGAAAUGCAGGCCCUGCUGCUGAUGCUGCAGGUCUCAUGGCUGAGUUUAGUCUGGCCACGUUUGGUGGACCCGGGCAAGAAGCAGUUAGUGGACAACAAGCUCGACACGAUGUUUCGUGGCGGCAAGGUGGACAACUACUUCAAGGUCUCUCAACGUGGGUCAAACCUCACCACAGAGAUCCGCGCUGGCAUCACCACCUUCUUGACGGCUGCGUACAUCAUGGCUGUGGCUCGUCACUGCAAGGGUGGGUCGGGGCGGGGUGUACCCGAAUGGAGCGGCGUUCCCAAAGACCUAGUGAACCCGAACAUUCUGAGCACCACGGGGCUGAAGUUCGAAGGCCUGGUCUUUGCGACAGCUGGGUCAAGCUGCAUUGCUAAGCUAUGUUUGCAGGCUUGCAUGAAAGGGCGAGAGAAUACUGAGCUGGAUGCUCGGCUAGCUGGGCGGGAGGGCCAACCGAGGACCUUGAUCAUGGCCCUGUGGGCUAACCUGCCUUUCGGCUUGUGGCCCGGCAUGGGCAUGAACGCCUACUUUGCAUACACCAUCGUGGGCUUCAAGGGUGGGCAGAACUCUGUGAAGAAGGUGAUGUUUGCAGUGACCAUCGAAGGUGUGAUCUUCAUUCUGAUGUCCCUCUUCGAUCUUCGAAGAUAUGUCUUCAAGGUGUUCCCCACCUGGAUGAUGAAAGCGACGAUGGCUGGCAUCGGCUUGUUCUUGGCCUUCAUCGGCUUGCAGGCGGGCAACGGCAUCGACAUCGUGCGGGAUCAUCCGGCUGUGCUGGUGGACCUCGUGACGCUGACCGGAGAGCACUUCCUGCGCACGUGGAUCGGCAUCGCUUUCUUCUGCCUCAUGAGCCUGUUGAUCCUCCUGCGCGUGCGGGCGGCCGUGAUGAUCGUGAUCCUGCUUAGCGCCAUCCUGUCGUGGAUCUUGAACGCGGCUGCCGUGGAGCAGUUCACCUACAAGCCCAUGUGCUGCUUGGGCAGCGUGUCCUACACAGAGCCGUCGGCCGGGGGCGUUGAGUGGUAUCCGAAGCCCGGCGGCGGAUUUUACCCGAAGCCCACGUGCGAGAACCCGUACACUGUGCCAGGACAGGGAAAGAUGGAUGAGACGGACUCGGGCGUGAGCUUCAGUUGGGAUUCCACGGCCUCCGUGGCGCUUUCGAACGGUGUCUACACCAUCACCAAUGCUGGCUCCUCGGUGAACCACACUGGCAGCCUCUACUUCGAGGGCAUCGCAGCUGGCCGCGACUCCUCCUUCAAUGGCGGCUGCACCGACACCUGCCAUGCCAUGAUGGGUGGCUUCAAUCCUGCCUGCUUCGGCACGGUGCUGGUCGAGACAGGCUGCUGGACUUCCAUGUCCUACCAGAGCCGAGCCACACAAUCGCUUGUCCUUGACGAGUUCGGCGAGGGCUGCAUCGGUGGGGCGGGCCGUAUCCCGAAGACUUUCAGCGCCCCCUCCGCCAUCGCCUCCGUUCCGCUCAUCGAGAUGGCCGGAGACCUGGUGGCUCCUUUCGACGGCUGGUACGGCUGCGAUGCGAACGGCGACUGCUUCGCCGGCGACGUGUCGGGUGGCACGAUCCUCGCUUGGGACACGUCGGGCUUCAGCGACUGGCAAGGCUUCUGGAACCCGCUGCUCACCCUACUGUACAUCGACUUCAUCGGCACGAUGGGCUUCCUCUACGCAGCCGCGGACCUGAGUGGCUUGGUCGACCCGAAAAAGCCGGAGACCUUCCCAGGAUGCUAUGCGGCCUUCAUGGCCGAUGCCGUCGGCACCUUCGUGGGAGGCUUCUUGGGAACCAGCUCCGUGACCACCUACGGCGAGUCCAUGGCCGGCGUCUACGAAGGUGGCCGAACAGGGCUCACGGCUCUGGUCAUCGCUUUCAUGAACUUCAUCUGCAUCUUCCUUACCCCGCUCCUGUCCUCGGUUCCCACCCUCUCCACCGGCCCCGCACUGGUGAUGGUGGGCGUCUUCAUGAUUGAGGGCGUGAAGGACAUCGACUGGACCGACUACAUGCAGGCCAUCCCCUCCACUAUCUGCAUUCUGCUGCAGAUCACCACGUACAAGAUCGAGGUCGGCGUGCUGGGUGCCCUGAUGGUCUGGGCCUUCCUGAUGAUCUUCUCCGGCCGUGUCUUCUUGUACAACGACAAGGUUUGGAACUCCAUGCCGGGAUGGUUCCAGAACUUCGUUGCCAACCAGAACGGCGACGAGGAGUUCCGCAAUCGCCUGAGGGAGGUCGGCAAGCUGCCGCCGGCUGACGAGAAGAUGCCGGCAGAAAUGCAGGCCUAG